CUCGACUGCACCAGACCCAUCCGCCGCUCACACCACUGUCGCACAUACACCACCGUUCGCGACGCUCGCACGCCGCCGCCCUCGGCCUCGCUCCCGACUCUUGCACGCACACACUCACACUCUUAUACACACUCACACUCUCAUACACUCUCACACACUCAUACACACUCACGCUCUCAUACACUCACGCUCUCAUACACACACGCCACACGACACACGACACACACUCGACACACGACACCCGGGGCCCGCGAUGCCUCGCCAAGGCUACGAAAGGGUCGCGCACACAGACGACGCCGAUGCCGACGGCGAGUCGCCCGAAUCAAGGCCGCAGCAGUGGCCGCCCGCGUCGCCGCCACCGUCGUUCCGCAGUCGCGCUUCGUCGCCGACGGCGCGCCGCCCUGAAGACCGCUCGCAAGACGCGCUUGAAGGCCGCACACUCGAUGCAGACCGCACACUCGAUGCAGGCCACACACUCGAUGCAGGCCACACACUCGAUGCAGGCCACACACUCGAUGCAGGCCGCACACUCGAUGCAGGCCGCACCCCCGACCGCGCGCAGGACCGCACGCUCGCCGACACAUUCGACUCGGACUCGGACGACGACGAGGACGCGGACGGCCGCGACGACCGCCAGCGGCUGAUGCGCGGGAAUCCCCAGCCCGACGACGACGACGCCGCCCCGACGCCGCCCGGCAUCCAGCGACGCACGACGGAGCUGCCGACGUUCAACACGCAGACGCCGGCGAGCGGGCGCGUCUACGGCGGCGGCAACGGCGGCGUGUGGGCCAACCUCAGCGCCAAGCCCACCCGCGGCGAGGACGUCGAGGAGAAGCCUCCGACAUACGAGCAAGCCGCCGCCGACGCCACACCGCCGUACUGGGAAACCACGAUCCUAGCCCCUGGCGCGUUUGGCGACGAGGUCUUUGUCGAGGGCCUGCCCGUGGGGUCGCUGUUCAGUUUCAUCUGGAACGCGCUGAUCAGCAUGUCCUUCCAGCUCGUCGGUUUCCUCUUGACAUAUCUCCUGCACACGACGCACGCCGCCAAGAACGGGUCGCGCGCGGGGCUGGGCAUCACGCUGGUGCAGUUUGGCUUCGGCUUUCGCUCGGCUGGGCUCAAUCCCUCGGGCGGAAGUGACGCCGGCCAGGACUUCUCGGGCGCGGUUCCUGCUGACCCGGAUGCGCACUCGUUUGAUCCGGCGGCGCUGGGGACGGGGUCCGACGGCGAGGCGUCUGCGGGCUCGAGCGUGACGGGUAGUGAUUGGCUUGCCUAUGGACUGAUGAUUGUCGGUUGGUUUGUGCUGAUUAAGAGCGUUAGUGAUUUUGUGAGGGCGAGGAGACAUGAGCAGUUGGUUCUGCAGAGCCCCGAUCGCGGGCUGGGUGUUGCUGUGGUGGCCGAGGGAGAGAGUCCGGAGCGCAGCGUGUAGACGAGCGGAGCCAACGACGCUUUUUGUGUGGGCAUGGGUUUGACUAGUAUUUUUCUUUUUCUUUGAUUCAGCGCUUUCUCUAUACCACACUGUACCACACCGUACCAUUCCAUACCAUAACAUUCCAUACCACACCACACUAUACCACACCACACCACACCACACCACACCACACCAUACCAUGCCAUGCCAUACCAUGCGCGGCGCGCAGUUGCAAUUCUCAUUCUCAUCCUAUUCUCACCCUCUUUCUCAUCCUCAUCCACGUCCACGUCCGCGUCCAUGUUCUUCUUAACUUGACCUUAACCGCCCCCCUGAUCCGGGGUGUACCUCGACACAGCCUGCACAGCACACACUGCACAGCACACACUGCACACACAACACAGCACACACAA